UCUACGUUAAUUUUGCCGAUAUUAAUUGUAGUGGCCAGAUUAAUAUUGGCACCUCUAUGUGUCUUUGGAUUCCUCCUACUCAAUUGCUGGAGGAGAAGCAGGGCACCCGAGGACGCCGUCGAGAAGUUCCUUCGCAACCAACAGCAAUCUCUUUCGCCCACGCGCUACGCCUACAGUGACAUCGUCGCCAUGACCGGCCACUUCAGGGAAAAGCUAGGCCAAGGCGGCUUCGGCGCCGUCUUCAAGGGCCACAUCAUGGGAACAUACCCUGUCGCCGUUAAGCUCCUGGGCGGAUCCAACUUCCACGGCCAAGAUUUCAUCAACGAGGUGGCCACCAUCGGAAGAAUCCACCACCUGAACGUCGUGCGCCUUCUCGGGUUUUGCUCGGAGGGAUCGAAGCGGGCGCUGGUCUACGAGUUCAUGCCCAACGGAUCGCUCGACAGGUAUAUUUUCUCCUCCCAAUCCAAUCGCAGUGGGGCAUGCAGCAGUAGACGCCGCCUUAGUCCGCGCAAGCUCAACGAGAUUGCCUUGGGCGUGGCCAGAGGCAUCAACUACCUCCACACCGGAUGCCACAUGCAGAUCUUGCACUUCGACAUCAAGCCGCACAACGUUCUCCUCGAUCACAAUUUCACCCCCAAGGUUUCAGAUUUCGGACUGGCAAAGCUCUGCCCCAAGGAUUGCAGCCUAGUCUCUGUGAGUGCCGCAAGGGGGACGAUAGGUUAUAUAGCACCCGAGUUGAUCUCUAGAAGCUUUGGGUCCAUAUCGUACAAGUCCGAUGUGUAUAGUUUUGGGAUGUUGCUCCUGGAGAUGGCUGGGAGGAGGAGGAAUGUGGAUCAAAGAGCAGAGAAUUCGAGCCAAAUUUAUUACCCUUCGUGGAUUUAUGAUCAACUGGUGCGACUACAGGAGCUAGGAGGAGCAGAGGCUGAUGAUAUUAACGUGGAAAUUGAUGAAAUCGAGAGAAAGUUGUCCAUGGUGGGACUCUGGUGCAUACAGAUGAAAUCAUGUGAUCGUCCCUCCAUGAGUGAGGUUGUGGAGAUGCUGGAAGGAGAUACAAAUAGCUUCGACAUGCCACCCAAGCCAUUCUUUUCCUCCCCAGACACACAAUCGGAUUUCAUAAUGGUGUCGUGUAUGCAGCAGUCAUCUUCUAUAGGGUUGUUUGGUAUCUCAGAGAGAGAACGAUGAUCUUUCAGGACUUGAAUAGCAUGAUAAAUUAGUUCGGAUAGAUAUAAUAUGUUUUCAUGUAUAUUCAUUAUGUACUCAACAGGC